AUAAGGAGGAAUCUUGUAAUGAUCGUGUUAUCAUUAAGAUUAAUAGAUUUGCCUUUUAAUCUUUUCUAUAUAAGUCGGUGGUAGUUCUGAUAUAAAAUACUUACAAGAUUUGUGCGACGGUGAGCUGCGACGUACAGAGAAGACAAGAUUUUUCCAAUUAUGAAGAGCUUCAUCAUCAUCGCGGUGCUGUCAGCACUCGCAGCCUGUCAUGGCGCCGCUGUUCCCCCGAGCGAGGCGGACAUGUUCUCGUCUUUCAUUCAAGAGCAGAUGUUAAAUGGUUUCACCGUGGUGCACAGUGAAGAAGACGCGGCUCUGAACAGAGUUACGCUGAGCAAAGGAGAAACCAGGGACGAUCAUGUACUUUUAUUUGAACGAGCAUGCUACGUGCCAGCUGUACCGAACGACGUUGUGCGCUGCGACGUAGUGUACUAUGGUGAACCCAACGUCACAAUAUGGAGUGUUUCCAUUUCCUUUGACUGGCCACCACCAGCUAAUUUUAAUAUCACUGGAGUACAGACGAAUGUUGGUCGUGUAAGACUUGUGUCACAGCGUGGUGAGCAUUUACACACAAUUGUCCGAAUGUUUGGUAAAAUAACUGAAGACAACAAUGAGUCGUAAGCUUUAAGAUGAUUAUUGUUCUGCAUGAAUAAAGUAAAUGCUAUUGGUACAAUUUUUUUUUAUUUGUUGGUAUUAUGCUGAGCCCUUAAAGAGUAAUGUAGUUACAUUUGAUGUUAAUUAAUAGAUAAACACUGUAUACUUGUUGUUACUUACUUAACCUACUCAUAUUAUUCUGUGUUUGAUUAUCUGGACUUUAGAAGAGACCUCUAAGCUUGUUUCGGCAUUUCUUCUCAGAGUAGUCCGAUAGAGAUUGUCAUGUAAAACUGUUAUCUUGUGACCUAUUUGCAAAAAUAAAUAUCAUUUAUCAUU